AUGCCACCGACUGAGAGCUACGACGCUGGUCAAGUUCCUGCAUACAACGUGAAGUUGAAGGAGGCUCGCAAUUCGGAAUCAUUCACGACAAUGUUUCCUUCCGAGGACGGCCGAUGGGGCGAGCAAAAUCAGGGCGACCCGGUUUCCCACCAUGUCGCCAUGGAGGAGUUUGGAGUGAUGCGAAGGGAGUUGAGUCGCCAGAGUUUGGGUCAAACUCGUUCAGGAACUGCAGCCCAUCAAACUUCUUCCCGAAUGAGUCAGCACCAGGACGACGAGGAAGCUUUAGGAGAACGUUCAGGGUCAUUUGAUCUUCCCGACUUCCUAGAAGGUGGCCAGCUCGAGAGGCGCACGACUAUGGGAGGAGCGGGGAAGGGAAUUAGUGUGGCAUUCAAAAAUGUCACCGUGAAGGGCGUUGUCACUGGCGCUUCCUUUGUGAGGUCAUUUCCAGACGCGGUUGUUGGCACAUUUGGGCCGGAUCUUUACCGUCUGAUAACCCGUUUCGUCCCACAACUGCACAUUGGCAGGAAGCCGCCUGUGAGGGAUAUCAUCCACGAUUUCAACGGAAUUCUGAACCACGGUGAGAUAAUGCUCGUCCUUAGGCGGCCCGGAGCAGGCUGUUCCACCUUUCUUAAGGCCAUCGCCAACCACAGGGGUACAUUUGCCGCAGUUGACGGUGAUAUCUCCUAUGGUGGAAUUUCGGCUGAAGAGCAGAGGAAGCACUUCCGAGGAGAAAUCAGCUACCACCCAGAGGACGACCAACACUUCCCUAUUCUCACAGUCUGGCAGACCUUGAAGUUUUCUCUACUGCAUAAGACACGGAAGAACGAUAGCCACACCAUACCCAUCGUCAUUAGUUCACUUUUAAAGAUGUUUGGAAUUUUGCAUACGAAGGAUACCUUCGUCAGCAAUGAAUUUGUCCGUGGUGUGUCUGGGGGAGAGAGAAAACGUGUCAGUAUUGCAGAGACCUUGAUUGCUAAGUCAACGGUUGUCUGCUGGGAUAACUCGACAAGAGGUUUGGAUGCGAGCACCGCUAUUGACUAUGCCAAAUCCCUGCGAGUUAUGACGGAUAUCAGCAGGCGUACAACUUUUGUUACCCUUUACCAAGUUAGCGAGAGUAUCUACGAACUGAUGGAUAAGGUUAUGGUCAUUGAUUCUGGCCGCAUGCUCUACCAGGGGCCAGCAAACAAGGCCAAGCAAUAUUUUGUUGACCUCGGCUUCCAUUGUCCUGAGCAUUCUACCACAGCCGACUUCUUGACUGAGAUCUGCGACCCUGCCUCACGCCAGUACCAGCCAGGCCGUGAAGCUUCCACUCCCAAAACUGUCGAGGAAUUUGAAGCCGUCUUCAGAAAUAGUGGUAUAUACAAGGCGCUGCUGGAAACAGUCGACAAGCAUUUCCAAGACAGCAACAGCACCGAUGCGCUUCGAUUUCAAAAGACUGUUGCCAAAUCAAAGAGCAAGAGAGUCUCGGAAAACUCCAGCUACACAAUUUCUCUGCCCCGGCAGGUCGCCGCAUGUGUGAAACGCGAGUUUUGGCUCAUCAUGGGUGACAAGACCUCGCUGUACACCAAAUACUUCAGCAUAAUCACCAAUGCUCUUGUCGUCUCCUCCAUGUUCUAUGGACAGCCUUUGGAUACUAGUGGCGCAUUCUCCCGCUGUGGUGCUAUAUUUUUCUCUCUCUUCUUCUUCAGUUGGGUCCAGUUGGCAGAGUUGAUGCCCGCAGUCCAGGGUAGAAUCAUAGGUGCCCGGCACGAAGAAUAUGCUUUCUACCGCCCAUCAGCCGUCACGAUCGCCCGAUUUAUCAUCGAUAUACCAUCCAUUUUUUGCAUGGUCGUGCCAUUUUCCCUCAUUAUGUACUUCAUGACAGGUCUUGAUGUCUCGGUUUCCAAGUUCUUCAUAUUCUUUCUCUUUGUGUACUCGACAACUUACUGCGUCACAUCAAUGUUCCGCAUGUUCGCUUCCCUCUCCCCAUCAUUUGACGACGCGAUCCGAUUCUCCGGCUUGGCGCUUAACCUGCUCUUCAUCUUCAUGGGGUAUGUUAUCCCGAAGUCAACUCUCAUCAACGACUCGAUCUGGUUUGGCUGGUUAAUUUACCUGAACCCAAUGUCCUACUCUUAUGAGGCUGUCCUGGCGAGCGAGUUCUCUGAUCGAACUAUGGAGUGUGCUCCGUCGCAGCUUAUUCCCCAAGGUCCUGGCAUCGAUCCGAGAUAUCAAGGUUGUGCCUUGACAGGAUCUCAGAUCGGAAGCGCGGAUAUUUCUGGCGCUACUUACCUGAAAGAGUCGUUCCAGUUCACACGAUCAAACUUAUGGCGGAACUUUGGCGUUGUGAUUGCUUUUACAGCCUUGUACAUGAUAGUCACCGUCAUCGCUUCCGAGACCCUAUCGUUCGUGGGCGGUGGCGGUGGUGCAUUGAUGUUCAAGAAAUCAAAGCGUACGAAGCGGGCCGCUGCCCAAGCUGUUAGCGGCGGCGACGAAGAGAAAACUCAGAAGCCCGGGACUACUUCUGUGCUAUCGAAUGGACAACCACAAUCAUCCGGAAGUGACAAAUCCGUCAGGCGCCUCUUAGACGACGAUCGAGUUUUCACUUGGACUGACGUCGAAUACACCGUGCCCAUUGGUAAUGGGACAGCAAGAAAGUUACUUAAUGGUGUUAGCGGGUAUGCAAAGCCUGGAGUUAUGAUCGCACUAAUGGGUGCAUCCGGAGCUGGCAAGACUACCUUGCUCAAUACACUCUCCCAGCGUCAGUCCAUGGGGAUUGUGGGUGGAGAGAUGCAAGUGAACGGACAUCCGCUGGGUCCUUAUUUUCAACGAGAGGCUGGUUUUUGUGAGCAAAUGGACUUUCAUGAUACUACUGCGACAAUCUAUGAAGCUCUUGUGUUUUCUGCCAUUCUUCGACAGGACCGGAAUAUCCCACGGGAAGAGAAAAUUGCCUAUGUUGACCAGGUUAUCGACUUGCUUGAACUGGGGGAGAUUCGAGAUGCCAUCAUUGGCUCUUUGAACAUUGAACAGAAGAAACGGGUUACUAUUGGUGUUGAACUGGCUGCUAAGCCUAGCUUUUUACUCUUUUUGGAUGAGCCCACCAGUGGACUUGACAGUCAGGCCGCCAUUUCCAUCGUGCGAUUUUUGAAAAAGCUUUCCCAAGCUGGCCAGGCUAUUGUCUGUACGAUUCAUCAGCCCUCAUUCAUGCUGAUUCAGCAGUUUGACAUGAUACUCGCACUUAACCCCGGCGGUAACACCUUCUAUUUUGGUCCCAUUGGCCGGGAUGGUGCUACUGUGGCCAAGUACUUUGCAGAUCGUGGUGUUGCGCCGCCUCCCUCCAAGAAUAUUGCUGAAUUCAUUCUCGAAACUGCGGCUAAGAUCACUGUCAAAGAAGAUGGCACGUCGAUAGACUGGGAUGAGCAAUGGAAGAAUUCUACCGAGAAUCGUGCUCUGCUUGAUGAGAUUCGCCAGAUCCGCGAGGAACGCCGAAAGAUUCCCCUCCCAGGUGUAGGGAUUCAGCACGAAUUUGCUGCGCCUACAUCCUUGCAGACCAUCAUGCUGACGAAGAGGCUAUUCCGCAAUUAUUGGCGUGAUCCAUCAUACUACUAUGGUAAACUGUUUCUCAGCGCCCUCAUUGGUAUCUUCAAUGGAUUCAAUCGCAUGUUCUCUGCUUUUCUCAUUGUCCUCCUUCCAGCAAUUGUGGUCAACUCUGUUAUACCCAAAUUCUAUAUGAACCGCGCACUUUGGGAGUUCCGCGAGCAUCCCUCGCGCAUAUAUGGCUGGUUUGCAUUCUGCACUGCCAACAUAAUCUGCGAGAUUCCUGCCGCAAUUGUCACGGGCCUUGUCUACUGGCUCUUUUGGUACUUUCCUGUUGGCUAUCCCACCGAUUCCGGAACUGCAGGCUAUACCUUCCUGAUGACAAUGCUGUUCUUCCUGUUCCAAGCCAGCUGGGGCCAAUGGAUCUGCGCCUUUGCUCCAUCUUUCACAGUGAUCUCCAAUGUCCUGUCUAUAUUCUUUGUUGCAUUCAAUUUGUUCAACGGCAUCAUGCGACAAUAUGCUUCCUACCCUGUAUUCUGGAAAUACUGGCUAUACUACCUCAACCCAGUAACAUGGUGGAUGCGCGGCAUUCUUGCUGCUGUCCUGCCCGCUGCGAAAAUCGUGUGCACCUCUGCUGAAGCCACGCACUUUGACCCCCCGCCAGGAAGCACCUGUGGCGAAUAUGCAGGACCCUUUGUCGAUACGGCUGGGGUGGGCUAUCUGGCCAACGUUGACGCAACGGUGGAUUGCCAAUACUGCCCCUUCAAAGAUGGGCUGAGGAUCCGACGAUGGUCCUUUGGACUAUGGAUUGUGUUUGGCCUGGGGGAUAAGGUGUAUUUCGUUGCAUACGGCUGCCUUGCUACCUUCUAUGUGUUUUCUUAA